UUUCAACCAAUCAGCACCGUCCGCACGGUGUUUGGAAGUAGUUUAGCUGACAAAUGUGUUUUCGCUCGCCGUUUCGACCUGUGUUGAAUGUUGUAUUUUUCCGCUCAGAAACUUUUGCAACCAAUUUUGACAGCACGGAAAAUACGAUAAGGAUACAACCGCUGACCGUCUGAACCCAUUUGGUAAAAACUCCCAAGCUGAAGUCAUGCCUUUUCCCAGGGGGAAGAAACCAAGUGUUACUGCUGGCAGUAAAAUACCCAAAUUACGUGGCAAAGGGACAGAGAAUCAGGAGGAAGGCCCCCAGGUCAAGAGGUCGUCGUCCCCUCCCCAAGGAGCCCCUAAGAAGAGGACAGCCUUCGUAGACCUCACCAAUGCACACAAGGUUCACAUCAGCCUUCCAGGUACCAAGAAGAACUCCCUGAAGAAGACGCAGAAGAAGAAGGACACAUACACUGUGUUAGGCAAGAAUAAAGCCAACCUUAAAAAGUCUGACUCAAUAAGCUCAGAGAGUCAGGGGGAGGAGAAACAGAGGGGGGAGGAGGAGACCCCAGUUGAAGAGCUUGUGGUGGUGGAGGCUGUUCCACCUAGAGAGUUGCCCCCCCACCUCCGGAGACCACAGAUCCCUGAGGAGUUUGAUAUAGACUCUCAGCACCAGGAUGACCCCACUCUGACUGCUCAGUACGCCAAGGAGAUAUUUGACUACCUCAAGGCCAGAGAGGAGAAGUUCAUCCUGUCUGACUAUAUGUCCAUCCAGCCUAGUCUGAACGCUGGGAUGAGGGCCAUCCUAGUGGACUGGUUGGUCGAGGUGCAGGAGAACUUUGAGCUGAACCAUGAGACUCUGUACCUGGCUGUGAAGGUGACAGACCACUUCCUGUCCGCAGCUCCGGUCAACAGAGAGAAUCUACAGCUUAUAGGUUCUACAGCCUUGCUCAUAGCAUCCAAGUUUGAGGAGCGCUGUCCGCCCUGUGUGGAUGACUUCCUGUACGUCUGUGAUGAUGCGUACAAGAGGGAGGAGGUUAUUGCUAUGGAGACGAGCAUCCUGCAGGCGCUGGGGUUCGACAUCAACAUCCCCGUCCCCUACCGCUUCCUCAGGCGAUAUGCCAAGUGUGUGAGUGCCAGUAUGGAAACUCUAACCCUGGCCCGGUAUGUGUGUGAGCUGAGUCUUCAGGAAAUGGAUCUGGUCCCAGAGAGAGGAUCAUUACUGGCCUCAGCCUGUCUACUGUUGGCUCUAGUCACCAAGGAGCUGGGAGGAUGGUCCCCCAUCCUGGUGUUCCACUCUGGGUACAGAGUGUCAGAGCUGGUCCCUGUUGUCCGGAGACUCCAUUCCAUGCUCACCUCCCCGCCAGACGACAAACUCCUGGCCAUCCGGAGCAAGUACUCUCACAAGGUUUUCUUUGAAGUGGCGACAACUCUGAUGGUGGACCUGGACACGUUGGAGAGGGCGUUGAAGUGACCCGUAAAAACGAGUUGGUGGGAGAACAUCUACUUGUCUAAGGAAGUCACUGUAUAUAUUCUGUAAUAUUUAUAUAUCACUGUUAAGUUUUAUAAUGAAGGGAUGGUAUCUGUUCUGUUGUAUAAAUACAGCAGAUUUAUUUCUUUUCGGCAGCAAUGCUAUUUUUUAUUUUUUGUUCAAGUUGUAUCUGUUUUUACACUAAGAAAAAAACAUGUUUAAACUUUUUAUACAAGUGUUGAUGGGUAAUCUAAAAGUUAGAGGUAUUUUUAGAGCUGUGUAGUGAAAAAGUAAAUUGAUUUACUGUUAAUACCGUCGACCAUUUGAUAUUGUUGUGUAACCCACGGUAACAGUGUUCUUUAUAGGUAUAAACGAUACGGCUGUCUCUGUCUGGAGUUGUCAAGGUUUUUUGCUCCAAUUGACACGACUCAUUCUACUAAAUCGGCUUCUCAUCAGGACCUUGAUUAGCAGAAGCAGGUGUGUUACGACUGGUGCUGGAACGAAACCCUGCAUAUUACUCAGUACCUCUCCAGGUCUGUCUGCCUCCCAAAAAAUUUAUUUUAUGUUGUACAGUGGUGUAUCAUGUAUAGAAACUCUUUAACGUUUUGAAUGAGAGGAUUUUUUUUUACUGUUGUUAUUUUUAAAUGGCUCAGACCUCUGAAUUAAAUAAAUCCUGUUUUAUUGUUUAUAAAAACAAAUGAUCUUGUUGUUUUUCCAGUCCUUUACUCUAAAGGUGUGAUACUUAGUUGCAUGGAGAAGUCUUGCAACAAAUCACAGCGCUUUUGUUUACGCUUUCAAUUAAAGGCUGGAGGAAUGGAUCUACUGGAAUUCAUACGGCAGGGUAGCCUAGUGGUUAGAGUGUAGAGGUGGCAGGGUAGCCUAGUGGUUAGAGUGUAGAGGCGGCAGGGUAGCCUAGUGGUUAGAGUGUAGAGGUGGUAGGGUAGCCUAGUGGUUAGAGUGUAGAGGUGGCAGGGUAGCCUAGUGGUUAGAGUGUAGAGACGGCAGGGUAGCCUAGUGGUUAGAGUGUAGAGGUGGCAGGGUAGACUAGUGGUUAGAGUGUAGAGGUGGCAGGGUAGCCUAGUGGUUAGAGUGUAGAGGCGGCAGGGUAGCCUAGUGGUUAGAGUGUAGAGGCGGCAGGGUAGCCUAGUGGUUAGAGUGUAGAGGCGGCAGGGUAGCCUAGUGGUUAGAGUGUAGAGGCGGCAGGGUAGCCUAGUGGUUAGAGUGUAGAGGCGGCAGGGUAGCCUAGUGGUUAGAGUGUAGAGGCGGCAGGGUAGCCUAGUGGUUAGAGUGUAGAGGCGGCAGGGUAGCCUAGUGGUUAGAGUGUAGAGGCGGCAGGGUAGCCUAGUGGUUAGAGUGUAGAGGUGGCAGGGUAGCCUAGUGGUUAGAGUGUAGAGGCGGCAGGGUAGCCUAGUGGUUAGAGUGUAGAGGCGGCAGGGUAGCCUAGUGGUUAGAGUGUAGAGGCGGCAGGGUAGCCUAGUGGUUAGAGCGUUGGACUAGUAACCGAAAGGUUCAAAUCCCCGCGCUGACAAGGUACAAAUCUGUCGUUCUGCCCCUGAACAGGCAGUUAACCCACUGUUCCUAGGCUGUCAUUGAAAAUAAGAAUUUGUUCUUAACUGACUUGCCUGGUUAAAUAAAGGUAAACAUAUGCUGACCAGC